AACACAAAAAAUUGAAGAAUCUUGACGGCUCCUCACAAAUAAACUCAAACUCUUUCGCUCUUUGACUCUUCUGUUAAGUUGUCUUGAUGAUGUUGGAGAGUCUGAGCAGUACUUUUCUGUUUCGUUCGAACCUGGCGGCGCUUUGGUCACCUUAUCUGUUCGGGGGCCUGUCAAUGGAUUUCCGUUGUCGCCGGCAUCCGUUGAUGUGCCAACAUGGCGUUGGAUAAAAGAGUGAUGGAGUUGGGGUAUUAUUGGGUGUGGCUGCUGGCGACAUUGCAGGCGGUAUCAGUAUAUGGAGUUGAAUUAUCAUCAGAGGCUUGCAGAGAACUGGGCUUCUCUAGUAACUUGCUGUGCAAUUCCUGUGAUCUUCUUAGCCAGUUUGGCUUGAGCCAGCUAGAUCCAUUCUGCAGAAAGUGCUGUCAAGAAGAAGCUCAGUCUGAAACUAGAAAGCUCUAUUCGGGGGCAAUUCUUGAAGUGUGUGGAUGAAAAUUAGGGAGGUUCCCUCAGGUUCAGGCUUUUGUCAGGAGUGACAAGCCCAAACUGUUUAGGGGACUGCAGAUCAAGUAUGUACGUGGUUCUGACCCAGUACUGAAGCUCUUGGAUGACAGCGGGAACAUUGCUGAAGAGCUGAGCAUCCUCAAGUGGAAUACAGACAGUGUAGAAGAAUUCUUAAAUGAAAAACUAGAGCGCCUUUAAAAAAACCCUUGUGAUUAUUCUUUUUUUAAAAUAUUUUAUUUCUCGCAUCAUUUUUCAUCAUGGUAAUCUUCUCAGACAAAGUGUGAUAAACCCCGGAAAUCUUUCCAGCUUCUACAUUAAUUUUAAAGCUGUCCCAUAUUAUGUGGUGCUCAACAUCUUUUAAUUAGAAGCAGAAGCUUCAAGCACAGCACUUUUGACAAAUUGGCAGGCUGAACAAAUGGCCUGUCCUGGUACAUUUCAGCUCAUCUUAGUGGAUGGAGAUCAUUAAUGAAAUGCUUUGAGACUAAUGUAAUACAAAUACUGAAAUUUAUUAUAAUUGGGCCAUUUAUUUUAUUUUUUUACAGGCAAGCCUAUCUGUCAGCUUCAAAUAAUUGAGAUGAUUACUAUGCUUUUUUUAUAUAUGCUGCCGCUCUUUGUACAGGCAUGGGAAGUUGGAACCAAAUAAGAUGUACUCUGCCUCCCAAAGAGAUGUCUGCUAGUAUCUUUGCAUUUUGUAUUUCCCAGCUGUCCUUUUUAUAGAACUGUUACUUACAAUACUCAUAAUGAAUGCCUGCUCUGGAAAAAAAAUCAUUUGUAGUCUUGUUCUGAUGGAGGAACUCAUGAUCUGGAGUGACUGAAGAAGGCUAGGGAAAUGCACUUUAAUGAUGACUACAUAGAAAGCCUUUAAUAAAAGGCAUGUGUAGGUCUGAUGUCAGGUGUACUUUCAUUAAAUGCUUUUACCUUCAUUCAGCAGUUGUGAGUUCAGUGAUGGAAAAAAUGUUGGAAAUACUUUACAAAAUCUGUAUCAAAUUUCUGAUUCUUUAAGUACAUUCAAAUAAAAUGUUUUGAAGACAA